AUGCACUGGAUUCUUAAUAAGACGGAAAAUGUCUUUAAAGACGUCUUCUACGAACCUGCAAUUCGUGCUGCAGCUUCAGCCUGCGACUUUGCGCAACCGGCGCGCGAGCUGAUGCAGACGCUGCAGGGGAUCCGCGCCCUGCAGAAGAGGAACAGCAACAGUCCAAAGGAGUCGCUGCUCCCUCUUCUGCUUACUGAAAAGGGUAGAGCCGCUUUGGAAGCGUUCAUUGCUGCAGUUGACAAGCAGGUGCUCGGCAGCUUGUGCGCCAGCUGGGAACGCAGUGGCGUGCUGCAGACGCAGGCAGACCCCGAGCAGCGGCAGUACGAGGGCGCCCCACCACGUGUGCGGCAGCUGUCCGCGCGCAACACGGGGAAAGACGCGGGCACUCCGAUGGCCCUUUCUUCCUACGCAGAUGCGGCAGGGCGGGGAGACGUACACCCCAAGGCGGCUGCCGCAGUCGUUGCCCCAGCAGCGACUGCUGCAGCAGUGACAGCCAAAAUGCAACUCUGCACUGCGAUAGCCCGCAGGGAUGUCUUUUGGUUAGACGCUGCUAGCGCCUCUGGCUUGCUGCUGUUAUGCUUUGUGGUGCGGCAGCUGCAGGGGAGAGGUACACCCCAAGGCUUCGUCGAACGCCCCGCUGUUCUUGCGGGCUUCAGAUGUUAA